AUGAAUUUUUCUGAUAUAAUUAAAGAAAUUCUAGUUGAGAAAGCGCAACAGGAUUCAAAUGAUCCAUUAUCAUGGCCAUCAUUAUGUAAAGAAUUAUUACAAGAAAAAGAUCAAACCGAAGAAAUGUUUGAUGAGAUUACAUUGCACUUAUUUGAUUGUAUAACAUCCAUUUUAAACGCAAAUAAUGCUGAUGAUUCAAAACGAAAAAAUUCAAGGUUUAGCAAGGGAAUUCUUGAGAGACCAUUUUACUUAGCAUUUGUUGAAAUGCUUGAUAGAUGUCUAGAAAAUGGUGAAUUUCCGACACAUUUAAAAAAAAGUCGAUUAUUCAUGUUGGAAAAUAAAAAUUUAUCAAGGUUGGAACAAAUCGAAAAUGAAAUGAAACGUACCAAUUUACCUCCACCUGGCUCAUCACAGUUUAAUGAAUCACAUAAAAAAAUACUUCAGGAAUUUCUAUUUACAUUUUUAAAUCCAAAGGAUUUAAAUACCUUUUUAGGAUUACGUACAACGAUAGGAUCUUCUAGUCAAUUACCUCCUUCUUUAAACGAAUGUCUAAAUUCGUUUACUACAAAUUAUAUUAAAAAGAAUGCUAAACCUUUACGUAAAGGUUUGGUUAUUAAAAAUUCUCUUACCGUAGGUGCUAAAGCUCUUUCUAAACAUUUUCAUAGAGAUGUUUCAAAUUCCUUUUGGGGAAUUUGUAGUGGAACUGAAAAACAGAAAAAUGAGCAAGCUAAUCAAGUUUUAGCAAAAAUUUUAACUGACGUUGCAUGGAUAAAUCUACAUUCAAUGGUGCAUGAUACACGCGUCUUUGAGAUUCGUAAUUCAGAUGGUUAUGGGGCUCGUUGGGAAAUUCAAGGUCCUAACACACAACAACUAUCUUCUCAACAACCUCAGCUAAUUACUCCUUCAUCUAACGCGAGUGAUAAUAAAUCAAGAAUAAUGUUUCGUGAGUAUGCAUCGGAAAAUAAAGUUUUCUAA